GCUCUCCUCAGGCCUUUGAGUUCCAGCCAUCGUCGACGCACCGGGCUUUCUCUGGCUGGCCUCAUUCGCCCUUCGUCCUCUGCCAUCUCAGUCUCAGUCUCCUAAUUGGACUGGCCUCCAAUCACUGCAAUGGACUUGCACACCUCCUCUCGACCCGGACAGCCCUCGCGCGGUACCCCCCUUCGCCCGGCCUCUCCAGCUCUGCCUGCCUCGUCGUCGUCGCCACGUACCUAUCGAACGCCCCAACCGCUUCCCCAUCGUUUUGCGCACAUUCAAGACAUCUACGACGAGAAGGCAGAGUUCUCUCAGCUCCAGGACUUGUCCAAGCGCCCCCCUCCAGACUCGUCGCCGAUUGCUGGCCCCUCCAACCUUUCUUGCUCCCAAGUACCUUCGCCCAUUUCUUCAAUACCCCCUUGGAUCCGCUCGCAACGCACGCAACGUUCGCGUCCCUUGCAGCUUCAGCCACCAUUUUCCCCGGCUCCAUGUCCGAUCGCGUCAAGCUGGGCUUCUCCAUAUGGUUCUUCACUCUCUGCCUCCUAUCACCCUUCAGUAUCACCAUCAUACGCUCGUCCACGCAGUCUGCGGAUAGUUAAUCUACUCAAGCCUUGGAUUCCAAUAAUUGUGUACAUCAUGACCACCCUGGGCUUUCUCGUCGCCGUCAGUUUCUGGAAAGUCGAGGUCUUCCAAGGUCUGGACGAACUAUCACGUUGGCUCAAGUCGGACGCUUACUUGGGAUACGCUGUGAUUUUCACCCUCAUCUUCCUAACGACCAUUCCUCCCAUACCUCUGUAUUCCACGCUCAUUAUCCUAUCCGGCUAUACUUACGGGCCCUGGACCGGCGCCAUUAUAUCGUACUGUGCCUCGCUCACAGGCGCAUUGGUGGUCUUCACGCUCUCCCGUACGCUCUUCCGCGCGAGCAUCUCACGUUGGCUUUCAUGUACGACCUGGAUUAAGCGCGUCGUACGAGCCAUCGAGAACAACCCCAAGCUUCUCUUCCUCAUCCGCCUGGCACCUUACCCAUACAACGUCAUGAAUUGCCUUCUUGCGGCAUCGCCCUCGCUGACCCUCCGCACGUACCUGCUCUGCACGGCGCUAUCUCUCCCGAAGCUCAUCAUCCAUACGAGCAUUGGAAGCUCGAUUCAUUCCUUCGCCGAGUACCACGUCAAGCGUCCAGGCUUAGAGCAGAACGAUGACAACGAGGGCAGCACGCUCUCGCACUACUCGACGAUCGCGGGCAUUGCUCUUUGUCUUGUCAUCUUCAUCUACCUCUCGUACAUCACGCGCAAGGCUGUCGACGAAGAGCUUCAGGACGAGGACGCCAUGGACGCUGCAUACUCGGAAGAGCGCGUCGCGUUCCUCGCCAGUCAGGAUGGGUACAGUCUGGACCUGGAGGAGCACAUGACUGAAGCACCGUUGACUCUCGAGAUACGCCAUGUGCCGACGCGCGGAAACACCCCGACGCCAGUCAGUCUCGUGAUCGCGGAGGCGAGUGGUAAUGCUGCUGCGCACACCAGCCACGGUCCUGGGGACGCAGGCGUCGUGGGCUCGCUCGGGAUAUCAUUGCCAUCGGACACAUAACGUUUCCUUUUCGUCUUUUGGGUUGUUCUGUGUAUAUAUUGCUUUGCGCUUACUUAGGAGCGCACGGACGGACUCUGUACGAAAGAGGUGUAGGAUUUCCCCCUUAGCAGUACCCAUUAAUCCUCAUCGUUGUUGAGGUAGUAUGUAGUCAUACGCUCACUUUUUGUUUCUUGCACGAUAUUUGUUAGAGUAUAUCCCUUAGGCUGGCGGUGAUGAAUCGCCUCUCACCCUGCUUUAUACGUGUAUGCUGGUCCGGAGGAUCGUCUGUCAAUAGUCGCUACUAUUCAUCGGCAUUUAGCUAGUCGGUUGUCGUCCCUUGGUAUUGCGGUCUUGCUAUCGGGCUGAGCAUGUGCACGCAAUCCAUCUUGCUUUCGUCGUU